CAUCCAACAUUAUCCAACAUUCGAACAAAAAUUUUGGAUGAAAUGUUGGAUGCAUUUAAGCGGGCCUUUAUUCUUUUAGUAUAUAUUCUCUGAAGCCAGAUAAAUUUCCUAUCGCAUAGUGUUAUUUUUUUCAUAAAAUAAUAAACUCGGAAGGAAGAAGUACUGCUAACUUUUUUUUUUAUUUGUUUGUUGGUUUUUGUAGUUUGUUUAUUUCUGAAAAAAAACUGAUACUUCUACAUUUUUCAGGUAUAUAACAAAUUACGAAACUGUCCCGACUUCUUUCUUCACCAUUAUAUUAAAGUUACAUGGAUUGCUUUCAAUAACUGCUUAAAAUGGGGACAGAGUUUUCAAAUUCUUUGAAAAAGUUUAAGCUGGUAUUUCUUGGUGAGCAAAGUGUUGGAAAGACAUCUCUGAUCACACGUUUUAUGUAUGAUAGUUUCGACAGUACAUAUCAGGCAACCAUUGGUAUCGAUUUUUUGUCAAAAACGAUGUACCUCGAGGAUAGAACGGUGCGAUUACAAAUAUGGGACACUGCAGGACAGGAACGGUUUCGUAGUCUUAUACCAAGUUAUAUUCGUGAUUCAUCGGCAGCUGUUGUGGUUUAUGAUAUAUCAAGUACCAACUCGUUUGCACAGGUGGAUAAGUGGAUAGAAGAUGUGAGAGCAGAGAGAGGACAGGAUGUUGUCAUUAUACUAGUCGGAAAUAAAACCGACCUAACAGACAAGCGAAGGGUGUCUAUGGAACAAGGUGAAAGAAGAGCGAAAGAAUUAGGAGUGCUAUUUAUCGAAAGCAGUGCGAAAACAGGACACAAUGUAAAACAGUUAUUUCGUCGUGUUGCAGCUGCACUUCCUGGUCUUGAUGUAAACAAAGAACCAGAGAAGGGAAAUGAAGUCAACAGCAUCAUAUUGCCACAGGAAGAACCAAAGUCGGAAAGCACUUGUGGAUGCUGAUGCUUAGAACCUGCUAUCUUAAUCGAAAUGAUUUGCGCCAACAUGUGAACAGUAUAUGAAGAAGAAGACGGUAUUUUUUAAGUGAAUUUGCUUCUCAAGAUUCGUAGAUUUGAGAUUUAAAUGGUUUUAGUGUAUUUCUGCGGAAAAGUAGGGAUAAAAAACUGCUAAUUUUAUUUUUGUUUGAUCAUCCUAGAUUUCAAUCCUGUCUGUAUUAUUGAGAUUUAUUUUUAUUUAAAAACUAUCUGUCACACGGUUACUUAAUUUGGUUUUUAUAGAAGGCAAGAUAUAAUUAUUUUUGUCUUUUAGAUUCGAAAAUACUUUAAGUUGUAUAUACCGGGAUUUAAAUCUAAUAUAUAUACAUAUAUAUGUAUAUAUAUAUAUUGUGAAAUAUUUUAUAGCUCAUUUUAAUUAUAAUAUACACAAUAUGCAAGGUAUUCGCAGUUACUUUUCUGCAAUAAUCUGUUAUGUUUGUUUAGCUCCAGCAUUUAGUGUUAUUCGAAAGUGUAAAAGACCGUUUAUAUCAGAAAGCGAAAAAUUAUUGCUCAGAAAGAUACUGGGCAGAAUA